AAUCUGUCCAAGCAAGCCGGGUUUUUGCCAUUUUAUUCCACAAACUCAAAUCAAAGCAACAGCACGCAUACUGCAUAGUUGCCAAGAUAUUUUACUAAAUUUUACUAAAUUACCAGUUGAGUACUUAGUAAAUGGCCAACUGAGUGUUGAUAUUUUAAGAAAAAUGACCAAAUUUAUCGAUGUCAUUCGAAAAUACAAGUGUUUGUAUGCGGUAAACGAUCCUGCCACUCCAGAAGAAGUGCAAAAAUGCUGGAAGCUAGCCGCGAGGGAGCUGAAGUACAGUGUGGAGCGCUGCCAACAGAUGUUUGAGGCAAGAAUUGCGGAAUACAAAAAACAUUUAGAAGGAAAAAAGACCAACCUGCCAAUGGAGCAGCUAAACGAGAUGGAAUUUAUGCGUGAAGAGUUGAAAGACGGUCUGGAAGAGGAUGACUCCGUGGUGUUUCUUAAGAUGGAGUCGCACUCCACGGGUCACUGUGAUCCGCAACAGCCAGCACAAAGCAUCAUGGCACCAGGACCAUCUCGCACAAGACGGAACGCCGUGGACGAGUCCUCCAAGGCUGAAAUUUUGCAAAACAUCCAGCAAGAGGCGUCAGUGCCAUAUCAAUGCCAGCUACCAGCGACUGGCAUCCUGCCUGAAUCUGAAAAGUUUUUCUUACGCUACGUUCGUACGGUGCUGCGAAAACUUCCACUACAGACGCGUUGUGAUGUACAAGGGUAUAUUCACCAGUACCUUAUGCAGAUCGAAGCGAAAAACUUGCUACAGUAAAAGUAGCAUUAAUGAUUUAGGUUUUUAAGGGUUAAGCGUAUUACCGGCACUAAUCGGUAUUUUAAUUGUAAAGCAAAAACAUGUCACUUCUUAA